UUUCUUUCUCUUUUCGGGUUUCCCACUUCUGCACUUAUUACAGCGGACCUCCCAGUCAUCACUUCUUGUCCCACUUUUUUUCCUAACCUGGCCUUAUUCUGUCUGCCUGCGUUGAAUCUUCACAAAGAUUAUUGCGGACACUGCAAUUGUACUAUAUAUAAACCCCUACUUUUUCCACUCAAAUACAUUUAACCUGGAGGAACAAGACAUAUAAGAUAAUCAUGUCCUCUUCGCAUCCCCGCCAAUCGAGCGUAGAUCUCGAUUCUCCAGGUCGUCCCUUCGACAACAUUAUCAAUUUCCGGGACGUUGGGCGUACGAUUAACCAGUUGAUUGGGAAGAGGGUGUUGAAAGAGGGUAUCCUCUUUCGAAGUGCAAGGCUAGACGAUGCCUCUGAGCGCGACAAACGCCGUCUUGUAGAAGAAUUCCAUAUCUCAACGGUUGUGGAUCUGAGAUCGAGUACCGAACAUCAAAUAGCCACCAAUAAGCGCUUAGCUGAACUAGCUGCUGCUGCUGCUUCUUCAACAGAGUCAUCAUCGUCAUCAUCAUCAACAGAGUCACCCGAACGACAAUCAUCAACACCACCAGCACCAGCACCAGUACCAGAACCAACAGCAUCAGCAACAUCAACAGACAUCCACCUCCCCGAUCUACCCACCGUCACUCGCUUCCCCGUCAGCUUAACAGGGAAAGCAUUCGAGCGGACGCUUCUCUGGCGGUUAGAUUGGUGGAAUUUCUUCAAAGUCCUAGCUCUAGUAGCAUCAGGCUACCGUCCCGCAGCCGUCCAAAUAGUCGGACAGCAGGUCAUGUCUCCGCGGGGAUUAGUCGGACUAGGCAUGGAUACAUUGGAUAGUAGCUAUUGGGAGAUGAAGACGUUGUUUGAUUUAUUCUCUUCUGUUACGUCCACGUCCUCUACCUCUACCUCUACCUCUGGCGCAGAUGGCAGCGAUGAGAAUGAGACUGAGGAUAGUAGUGCCUAUCCGAUUCUCAUCCACUGCACGCAAGGCAAAGAUCGCACGGGUCUUAUCAUCCUUCUUUUGCUUCUGCUUGUGGCGGAUGUGGUGCCGGAGGAGGUGAUGAGGGAGGAUUAUCUCCGUUCUGAGGGUGAAUUGGUCAUUGAGAUGGAGGAGCGCAUGAAGGAGGUGAGGUUGUUGGGGUUGUCGGAGGAUUAUACCAAGUGUCCGCGGCACUUUGUGGAGACGAUUCGGGGGCAUUUGGAGGAGAGGUAUGGUGGGGUACAGGGGUAUUUGGGGACGGUUGGGGUGGGGAGGGAGCAGGUUGAGAGGAUUAGGGAGGUGUUGUUGGCUUGA